GUUGUCAAACUUUCAGUGCUUUUCAGUUUUCUGUUCUGCUAGUGUUUCAACUAUUGCUGUCGAUAAACUUUAUAUUUUUCGAUUUGUAGAAAGUUCGAAGCUGUAUAGUGAGUACUUGAGUCAAGUGGUUCGAUAAUAUCAGUUAAUUGAACUCGUUAACUAUCUUUUCAUCUAAUCGUCAGCUCAUUAUUUAUGAAAGUACAAGAUAUCUAGUAGUUUCGGUCACAUCAUCGUUAGCUUAUUUCUGUCGACAUAAUUUUACUCGUUUGUGUUGAUUUGUCGUUUGUUUAAUAAUUUCUAUCAAUGGCUGAUAAAUUUCAAAAAUUAGCAUCCCGUUUCGGUAAAUUAUUACUUCCAAGUAAUAAAUACAAUGUUGAAAAAUCAGCUGUAAAUUUCUACUUCACGUAUUCACCGGAACCGGCGCAGCCUCUCCCUCGGGAUCCGAAAUGGACUUCAGCCGAAGAAGCUGUCUCCUGUAUAAAAUCUGGGGAUACGGUUUUCCUCGGAGGAGCAGCGUCUACACCCAUUCCACUCAUUCAAGCUAUGACCAAACAUGGAUUAGAAAAGAAACUGAAAAAUGUUAGCGUUUGCCAUAUUCAUACGGAAGGAAAAGCCGAAUAUACAGCUCCCGAAUGCGAAGGGAUAUUUCGAUCAACAUCGUUCUUUAUGGCGGGAAACGUACGAAAAGCUGUAGCAGAAGGACGAAGUGACUGCGUUCCUAUAUUUUUAUCCGAGAUACAUUAUUUAUUCGAUAGAAAAGUCAUUCAACCAGAUGUUGCCAUUAUUCAGGUAUCGCCACCCGACGAACAUGGCUUCUGUUCCUUGGGAACCAGCGUUGAUAUAGUCCGAAGUGCAAUUGCCAGUUCGAAAAUCAUCAUAGCUCAAGUGAAUAAAAACAUGCCACGAACGUUCGGUGACGCACUAGUCCACCAGUCCCAUUUCGAUUACGCGGUCCAAUUAGAUAUGGACCUCCCCGAACACGGUGGUAAUCCACCUUCGGCCAAUGAGACUAAAAUAGGCGAAUUUAUCGCCCAAGAAUUGGUAGAAGACGGAGCCACGUUGCAAAUGGGUAUCGGAGCUCUACCAGACGCCGUAUUAUCGAAAUUAACCAAUCAUAAAGAUUUGGGAAUUCAUUCCGAAAUGUUCAGCGUUGGCGUUAUCGAUCUAGUCAAACGUGGCUGCGUUACUAAUAAUAAAAAAACUAUUAAUAAAGGCAAAAUCAUUAGCAGUUUCCUGAUCGGAACAAAACCUUUGUACGAUUUUGUCAACAAUAAUCCUCUCAUUGAAAUGAGAACGUGUGCGUAUACCAAUCAUACCAGUGUGAUUGCUCAGAAUCCAAAAAUGACCGCCAUUAAUUCUUGUAUUGAAGUUGAUAUUACUGGUCAAGUUGUAUCCGAUUCAAUCGGUACAAGAAUGUAUUCAGGUUUUGGAGGCCAAGUCGACUUCAUCAGAGGAGCCGGCGAAGGUUUAGACGGUAAAGGUAAACCGAUCAUCGCGAUGCAAUCGACCAACGAAAAAACCGGCGAAAGUAAAAUUACACCUUUCUUAAAACCAGGCGCCGGUGUCGUUACAACGAGAGCGCAUGUGCACUAUGUCGUUACGGAAUACGGAAUUGCUUACUUAUUUGGUAAAAGCUUAAGACAACGUGCGCACGCUCUUAUCAACAUUUCUCAUCCUCAGCACCGCGAAUCGUUAGAAAAAGCCGCCUACGAUCGUCUGAAAGUUAUGCCAUCUGCGUAGAAUAACGCGAGAGUCGCGACUAUACCUACGCCACGUGGUAUUCUAUAAUUUAUUCUAUACCUCUUUAUCUCUAUAUUGAUCUAUUUCUUUUCUUCGAUGAAAAAAAAAAAAUCCAGAAUAUCGAGAGCUUAUUACACAGACGAUGACUCUAAAACACAAUUGAAUUACGAAUCGCUUAAAUCAGUAUUAGAAAGAUUUCUCUUCGGGUAGGUUAAUUACUUUUUAGGAUACCAGAUUACCACCGAGAAUACGUAACUCGUAUCCAUCCAUUGCAUUCCUAUUCGUAUAAGCAGAUACCUUGGUGUUUUUAGAGCUGGUUCGUGUGCCAUUUUGUAAUUUUUAUCCUCGUAUGUGAUAGUUUUAAUUUUUCGGUAAACUUUCGCUGUUUUUAUUUCUCUCCUUCUCGUAACAAUCUCGAACGAUCCGUGAUAAAUACAUUCUCGUGUAAUUACGUAAUACUACAUAUAAUAUUUCUGAACGCGUGUGAAUAAAAAUGUAGCUGGAAUUAUUUGAUAAUUGGUUACCGUAGUUUUGAAAUUGGAUUAGCCCACCAGAUUAUUUUCCUCGUAUGUUGUGUGAAAUUAUGUUUUAAAAAAAUGAUUCGCUAUGUACCUACCUACUAAGCUAUGUAUAAAUAGAUCGUGUAAAGCAAUUAUUAAGCAAUAAAUUAUAUUGUGGUGUU